CACUAUGGGACACACGUGGAACAGUCGUGAGAGCCUGCGCAAAUAGAUAAGUAUAGGUAUAGGGCAUAAGCAGCGCUACAGGAAUGGUUGCCGUUUAUCCACAUGCUAUACAAAUCAGUGCUGAGACUACAGUUACGCGACGCGCCUGUAGCUCAGACUUUCAUUAUUACGUAAGUACUUCAGCGGCUGUGGCUCUCGCUGAUAGCAAACACUAUUAAAGUUGAUUUGUGCCUUUUCGCGACUAUGGAUUCAACAGCCACUAAAGAAGCAGAGAAGCACUGCGUCCUAUGCUGCCAAGAAGUCGAUAUUUUCGCCUUAGGGAAAUGCGACCACCCGGUUUGUUACCGCUGCUCCACCAAAAUGAGGGUGCUGUGCGAUCAGAAGUACUGCGCAGUCUGCCGGGAGGAGCUCGACAAGGUGGUGUUCGUGAAAAAACUAGAGGCCUUCUCGUGCUUGCCCUACCAACAGUUCCCCUGUGAGAAGAAGCAUGAUAUCUAUUUCAGUAAUGAGAAGAUCUAUGCCCAGUACAGGCAUCUGCUGUUGCCAGAGUGCCUCCGCUGUUCAGAGCCUAAAGUCUUCUCCAAGUUUGAGGAGCUGGAGCAACACAUGAGGAAGCAACAUGAGCUCUUCUGCUGCAAGCUCUGCUCAAAGCAUCUCAAGAUCUUCUCCCACGAGCGAAAGUGGUACAACCGUAAGGAGUUGGCACGUCACCGAGCGCACGGAGACCCAGACGACACCAGUCACAGAGGACACCCGCUCUGCAAGUUCUGCGAUGACCGUUACCUUGAUAAUGAUGAGCUGCUUAAACACUUACGUAGGGACCACUACUUCUGCCAUUUCUGUGAUGCAGACGGUUCCCAAGAAUAUUACAGUGAUUAUCAGUACCUGAGCGAGCACUUCAAAGAGAGUCACUAUCUGUGUGAGGAAGGCCGCUGUGCCACAGAACAGUUCACCCAUGCAUUCCGUACUGAGAUAGACUACAAGGCCCACAAGGCAGCAGCACACAGCAAGAACAGGGCAGAGGCUCGACAGAACCGCUACAUCGACCUACAGUUUAACUACGCCCCGAGACAACAGAGGAGGAACGAAGGUCUGGUGACAGGUGAGGACUAUGAGGAGGUGCGUCACAGUCGAGGAGGAAGAGGAGGAAGGUCUCAUGGGGGACAGAAGAGCUGGAGGUACUCCCGAGAGGAAGAAGACAGGGAGGUGGCUGCUGCUAUGAGGGCGUCCAUGGCGAUGCGUCGUCAGGAGGAGAGAGGAGCGGUGCAGGAGAGGAGCGCUCCCAAACACUGCCGAGAGGACAGGACAGAAAGGACAGAGCCAGAAGAGCCCAGACACAAGAAUGGACACAUCAACCAAACAAGCAAACCUCCAGUAAGAACAAUGAAGAGCACUGAGCCAGAAGAAGAUGACUUUCCAGCUUUAGGGGCCACAGCUGCCACAUCCAUAGUAAAUCCAGCUCCUGUGCCCGUAGCAGCAGCUCGAGCAGCUUUAAAGGAAGACGACUUCCCAAGUCUCUCGGCUGCUGCUGUCACAUCACCAAUGACCCCUGCUUACUCUGCACAAAAGAAGAAGACUUCAUCUUUCCAAGAGGAGGAUUUCCCCGCUCUUGUGUCCAAAGUCCGGCCCCUCAAAACUGCAGCUCGCACCAACUCGGCUUGGUCCAACCAUACUGCUCCAGCUAAACCCACCACUCAUCCCCCUCCUUCCUCAAGACCUCCCCCUCCACUCUCAUGUGCACCCUCUGGCCCUCAGGUCCUCUCCUCCUCAGCAUCUUCUUCAUCUUCACGCAGGAAAAAGAAAGUAGGGGACAGUGGGAAAGCCACAUCUACCCAAUCUCCUCCUUCUUCUGAUGAUGAAGGCGGCGGACUGACUCAGCAGGAGUUCCGCUCGGUCCCCACCAUGUUGGAUAUCUCCUCUCUGCUCACCGUUAAAGGAGGCAACAGCAAACCUCCUACUGUGGCCUCCAACCCUCCAAACCAAAACCCCAACCCUGAUCCUCCUACCUCAAAAGCCAGCAAGAAGAAAAAGCCGCAGAAGAACACAGCUGUGCCCCCUACGUCUUCAUCUUCAGUUUCAGGGGUGACACAAAGUGUAAGUGCAGUCUCAGUGGAAACGGUGGCGCAAAAGGAGAACGUCCCUGAGAAAUCUUGGAACAAACCACUUUCCGGUGCUGUGACAGGAGCUCUGACAAGUGGGUUGGUUAAUGGCCACCCUGAGAAAUCACCACCCAUUAAUAAAGAGGCAGUUGCGGUAACGCCACAUCCCAGCACAGACCCACCUCUUGAACAGGAGGAAGAGUUCCCUGCUCUCAUGACCAAGAAACCACCACCAGGAUUCAAGAGCUCCUUCCCGAUGAAGGCCUCCGAUCUGCCCCCUCCUCCACCUGGCCUAGGAGUUGCAGCCGCUAGACCUCCCCCAGGAUUCACCGGGAUCCCCCUCAACAGCAACGUGGUGGUGCCUGCUCCCUCUGCAGUCAACCUGCCCCCGAAGGUGUUGAGCAGUGAUUACAUGGCUCCGGAUGACUUUCAUCAGCGGAAUCUGGAGUUGAUCCUGUCCAUUAGAAAGUACCUCCAUAAUGAUGAGUCAAAGUUCAACGAGUUCAAAAACUACUCUGCACAGUUCAGACAGGGUGUGAUCUCAGCAGCCCAGUACCACCGCAGCUGCAAGGACCUGCUCGGAGACAACUUUAACCGCAUCUUCAACGAGCUUUUGGUGCUCUUGCCGGACACUGGCAAGCAGCAGGAGCUCCUGACUGCCCACGGAGACUGCAAGGCAAUGGAGAAGCAGUCAGGUGCAGGAGGAGGAAAGAAGAACAAGAACAAGAAGAACGCCUGGCAGACAACGACCCCAGCGGCUAACGCAGCAGCUGAACUGGAUUGUCAGGUGUGCCCCACUUGCAGACAGGUACUGGCCCCCAAAGACUUCAACUCCCACAAGACCCUCCACGUCGGUGAGAGUGAGGAGUUCCCCUCCUUGCAGUCAAUUAGCCGAAUUAUCAGCUAGCCCCUUGCUUUUCCUCUGCCCUGUUUGCCAUCGUGGGGUUAACUUUCAGUUUUCCCCCGAGUCCCAGUCAAAGUCAGUGAGGGAAAACGGCAGGCUGAUUCCAGUGUGAGCACAUCCCAGCAGAGUUUGGGGAUUAUAUCUCAUAACAAAUUGGAAUUUAAGAUGGUUUAUGGUGUUUUUACUUUCCAUGGGGAAUUGUGUUAAUAGGUUUUGUGUGAAUGUUCACAAGUUAAACACAAAUUUGCCCCAUUUCAACUGAUGUCUCCAGCUGGCACUGGUCUAACCAGAAUUUAUUUAAUGAAGAAAGAGGAGAGACAAGCUGAGGCUUUGCUUGAUUACAUAGCUCCCUAAUAAAGGAAAUCGUAUUCAUUUCAAUGUUUUGCUUUGCCUUUUCACUUGAUGACAAAAGGUGUUUUGUCAGAGUUGAUCAAGUUUGAUUAAUUCCCCUGCGGGGCAGCUUAGUUUGAUGGCAAAAUAAACAAAAGCACGUUCAGUUCAAAUGUUCAGCACCAUAUUUAUUUAAGUGUAGCAGUUUAAUUGCUUUUAAUUAAUUGUUGCUUCAUGGGGAGAAAGGCCUGUUAAGUGUUUUGAGACUGGAUUUUUCCCUGUCAGAGGUAUCAUAUAGGAGGGUGAGUGACAGGAAGUAAAUAAUGGGAAUAAGAACAAAUUUUGGUUCACAUUUAAAUGCUUUAUACCUUUUGUUUUUUUUUAAAGAGCAUUUGGUUCACUGAAGAUUCACAUUAGAGUUGGUGAUUGAUGAAUUGGUUAAUUAGUGCAAUGGUGUGAAACUAAAUGGAACUAAACAAUAAAAGAGUUUCCUUGCAUGUUUUCCACAGUUAUAACUACUUACUUUACUAGGAUUUAUUUUGGGUAUACCUUCUGUUAUCAUGAAGAAAAUUUAGUGCAAUCAUAAUGCUUGUAAUACAAAAAAAAGUCAUUCCGAACACCACGCACACUCACUUUUUGCCUCCAUUUGAAUUCCAGCUCUGACACUCUGGCCAUGUUUACUCUGUUUGUUUGGAAGAGGGCUGGUUACAACCAGCACACAGUCUGUUCAUCUUCUCUCUCAGGACCCUCAGCUUGCAAUGCUGCCCACCUGGGUGUGCAUCUGUCUCGUGUUUGUAUGUGUGUAUGUUUGUGCAUCUGAAUGAGUGUGUAUGUAUGUAGAGUUUGUCUAUUCAUCGUGCAGCAGCUGCCUGCCUUUUCUCUCUGGCUUCAAUAAAGCUGUUGUCUGUCAACACUUUAAA